AUGAAAAUUCCUCAGGCCCUGGACAACAAGACUAGCAGUCCAGUGCAGAGGCAGACUGUAGCAAUGUUGCCAAGAACGGUUCUGUUAGUCAUAGUAGCAGCCUCCCAGAUGGUUCCACUCGGUUUCUGCUGUACCACUGACUGGAGGGGGAGCUGUGAUGCAGCAGGCUGGAACGUUAGAGUUGAGAGCUGCCCCUGUGAUAAUACCUCCUGUACCACAGUGUACUGUGACUCACUAGCUGGUGCCAUUGGAUAUGUUCAGGAACACUACCAGAGAGCAUCAGUGACCAUUGACCUCUGUUCAUCAUGUAGUUUCGAGCUAGAGGCAAACAGUACAAUCGACAACUCUAAUGUUGAGAGGCUGUAUUUGUCAGGCAAUGGCUCUGUGGUGGACUGCACAAGGAAUGUCAGUGUCACCUUCAGUGGGAAGAUGAAUGUCACGAUUGAGAGCAUUACGUUCAAAAACUGUAGCACGAAAGGCACGCUGAGGUUUGUGAAUGUUUUUGGCUACCAAGACAUCACACUAGCACACUUCGAAGGAUCAGGUCUGUCAUUCCUCAAUGUGUCCGGUACUGUUAGCAUUAGCAACACCACUAUCAGUGGAUUGCAUGUUCAUAAGUCUCUGGACCACAUUUCUGCUCUAUACGUAAACUCAAAACUGUCUUACGGUGAUGCUGGGCUGGUUUUUUCUCUGACCAACUGCAGUAUUGUAGACAACAUAAACGUGAACGAAACAACAGCAAUGGAAGAAAUGACACGAGGUACUGGUAUGUUUCUGUAUUUGAAGAGAGCUCGAAACAGCAACCACUUUUUCAUCAACAACUGCACCUUUGCCAACAACGUGGCGUAUCUGGGUGGAAGCAUCUCGGUUCUAACAAGCUCAGCCAGUGAUACUGAAGUCGACAUUCGUGACUCGGUUUUCCGAGGCAACAAGGCUGAAAUCGGAUCAGCCACAGAUUUCUACUGUGCACAGACUCCUGUGAAUAAACAGAUCAAUGAAACCUGCCUUCGAGUAGUCAUACGUGACUCACAUUUUGCCCGGAAUGAGCCUUUCACUCACAUAAUGCAAAUGGGCUCAUCAACAGUUUGCGUAAAGUACACAGAGCUUGAACUUAAUGGCAAGAUAGUUUUUUACAAAAACAAUGGAUCUGCUAUUGCAUCAGAGGAAUCAGACAUAUUUGUAAACAGAGAUUCAAACAUCACAUUCACCGGAAAUGUAGCACAGCGAGGAGCAGGAUUGAAUCUUUUCGGCUCUUUUGUUCACAUCUACCGAAACACUGAAAUAAAAUUUUAUACAACAGAGCGAUAA